GAAAAGGUCAGGACAUUAGGAUGGAAGCGAUAUCCCAGGGAUCAGACUGUGCAGGGGACAUCUAGAGAGGGCAAAGGAGACCUUGAGGAUGGGAAAUGCAUUUGCAACUUUUCCAGAUUCUAGUUGAAAAGCUUGUGAGAGCAACAUGAGCUGGAGCUUUCUCACUCGUCUCCUGGAAGAGAUCCACCACCACUCCACCUUUGUGGGGAAAGUGUGGCUGACUGUGCUCAUCAUAUUCCGCAUUGUGCUCACAGCGGUCGGAGGAGAGUCCAUCUACUCGGACGAGCAGACAAAGUUUACCUGCAACACCAAGCAGCCAGGUUGUGACAACGUCUGCUAUGAUGCCUUUGCCCCUCUCUCGCAUGUCCGCUUCUGGGUCUUCCAGAUCAUCAUGAUCUCCACUCCUUCUAUCAUGUACGUGGGUUACGCCAUCCACAAGAUAGCCCGGAUUUCAGAAGCGGAUCGCAAGAAGCUUCACAGGCUCAGAAAAAAGCUUACUCCUCACUCCAGAUGGAGAGAAAGCCAUCAUCUGGACGAUGUCUUAGAGGGGGAUGAAGACGACGAUGCUGAGCACAUGAUCUUUGAAGAUUCACUGGAGGUGCAGGAGGCCAAGCCUGAACCAGCGCAGCCACCAAAACAUGAUGGCCGCCGAAGAAUUAUGCAAGAAGGCCUGAUGAGAAUCUACGUUCUUCAGCUCAUGUCGCGAGCUAUUUUUGAAAUUGCUUUUCUUGCAGGACAGUAUCUCCUUUAUGGUUUUCGAGUUAGUCCUUCAUAUGUAUGCAACAGGGUCCCCUGUCCACACAGAGUGGACUGUUUUAUCUCCAGGCCCACAGAGAAAACUAUCUUCCUUCUCAUCAUGUAUGUGGUAAGCUGUCUUUGUCUAGUGCUAAAUGUGUGUGAGAUGCUUCACUUAGGAAUCGGCACUUUUCGGGACACCCUUCGCAUUAAGAGGAACCGGGGCCGACGGAUGUCCUAUGGCUACCCGUUUUCUCGAAACAUCCCAGCCUCCCCUCCGGGGUAUAACCUUGUGAUGAAGACAGACAAACCUACCAGGAUCCCCAACAGCCUCAUCACCCACAAGCAGAACAUGGCCAAUGUGGCCCAGGAGCAGCAGUGCACCAGCCCAGAUGAGAACAUCCCUUCUGAUUUAGCAAGCCUACACCGGCACCUACGUGUUGCACAGGAGCAGCUUGACAUGGCCUUUCAAACAUAUCAAACUAAAACCAUCCAGCAGACCUCCAGGACCAGUAGUCCUGUAUCUGGGGGCACUAUGGCAGAGCAAAAUCGAGUCAAUACAGUCCAGGAGAAACAAGGAGCAAGGCCAAAGUUAGCCACAGAGAAGGCUGCAACUAUUGUUAAAAAUGGAAAGACCUCUGUCUGGAUAUAGCCAUACGUUUAAUUUAAUAAAUUAACAGUUAAAACUUUUCGGACUCAAGGACUUCACUGUGACACCGCUGCAGGAUGUGUGUGUGUGUUUGUGUGUGUGUGUGUGUGUGUGUGUGUGUGUGUGUGUGUGUGUGUGUGUGUGUGUGUGUGUGUGUGGUGUGUGUGUGUGUGUGUGUGUGUGUGUGUGUGUGUGUGUGUGUGUGUGUGUGUGUGUGUGUGUCUUUGUGCGAGAGAGAUGCAACUUAGACGAUCACUACAGGAGAACAGAGUAUAAUACACACAUUUUAAAAAUUCAGAAGUACAUAUACAUAUAGAAACUAUAAAAACCAUUAUCACAAAACUUCCUUUUUACUGUAGCCUGUCAUUUUGUGCUUGCCAUAGCUUUUGGAGAUAACAUGUGCGUACUCAGCUAAAUAUAUUUAAUUCCAGCUAACAUUUCAAAGUAUAAACUGACUGCUUGGGGCUAUUUAUCUGGUCUACCCUUGACUGCCGCUGAACUGGAUUCUUCAAGAGAACUCUAACUUUGUAAGUGUGUGAUUGUACCCUCUAACUUAAUUGAAAAAUGCAGUGAAAAGCACUGUACAAAUGUACAAUGACUCAUUUCCGAAGAAUGAUGAUUACUUUGGAAAGAUGCAUGUUUAAUAUUUAGAGAAAUAUUUUUGGAUGUAGUAUGGAUGAGCAUUGCUGGAAGCAGAUAAUGUGAAAUAUUUUGAUAAAGAUAAUGAAACCGGGCUCUGUCACUGUAUGCUCUUUUGGUAGACAUCUGUUAAGUUGUGAUGAUUUUCAGUCAUUGCGUGCAAAGCCUUUAUAUAUUCUGUAUUCUUCAAAGCCUUGCCGUUUAAAAGGGGAAAAGGUAAGUUAAUAGAAAAUCUAAUUAUUUGUUAAACUAAAUAUUGAUUUUCUGCAAUUUGAAGCAGAUGCAUGCUUUGCAACUGGGAAAUCCCACCCUUAGCUAGGAAAUUACCUCUACAUUUUAUCUAAUGUUUCGGCAUGCUUGGUCUUUAAAAUGACCAUUUCAGUUUUCCUGUCAUAGAUGAUGUUUGUUUCUAAAAUUGGUUUAUGAGUAAUAUUUAAUCCUGCCUUCACUGUAGUCACACUUCAAAGUGCCUCAAACUUUUAAAGACUGUUCUGGUAUUUUAUUCAUGACGAAAUAAACUUAUGUGAAACCU